AUGGCGACUCGAAUCGAAAGUCGACUGCAGUCGAAGCUCGAGUUAGGAGAGCGAAAGGACUUUGUUAUAGAUGUGAUGAGAGAUGGUAGAUUGGGCAUCGUUGUAAAAAAAGAGCUCUAUGUGUUACUAGUCGGUGAAGAUCUUGAUAGCUAUGACACAUUAGAAGACACAUUAGCUACCGAGGAGUUAGUUGAAGCCGAGCUGAAUGAGGUGAAGCUAUCCUUAAACUCGGUUGUGGGACUCUCCGAACCACGCACAUUAAAGCUACGAGGGAAUGGCCAGCAUAUGAAAGGGAAGGGAAUUUACGAGUAG